UCUGAAAACUAUAUAAAUCCGCUUUUCCUGCCCAUUUCUCCGUUUGAGACACGACUGUUCCAAUGAAUUACUGCAGAAUGUUACUACUACACUACAAGUUGCAAGAAGUAGGGCUUGCUUGCCUAAUUAGCCAGCUAGCUUGGCCAUUCAUGUAUAUUUUUAAUACUCUUUUUCUCCAUCUAAAUCCUAAAUUCAUGGAUUUGUACAUGUUCAUCGCUGGCUACUUUCUCCUCGGCUUAAUUGUCGUAAUCACGAGAAAACUUUUCCCAGGAAAAGAUUGGGUUCUUUAUUCCUCAACCGUUUUUGCAUUUACAUGCGUAGUGGAUUUGAUAAUUUCUUUGGAAGUUAAUGGCAAUGUUUCCGGAUUUAUGACACAAUAUCUCAAAUAUGGGGAGCCUUACUUGAAUAGUUCGUUUGGUUUCGCGAUUUGCUUAUUUGACGGCAUCGUCUACUACGCAAUGUAUUUCAUUAUGAUAUUUGCCAUUGCUAAUGGGAAAAAAUACAAAUGUGUCGGUCUGUACUGGUGUGGAGCCAUAAUUUGCUCCUCGCUUUUGGUUGAAAUCUACGGAUUUUGUAUGGGUGGUCCACACGGCCCAACGAUGGCAUCUUUGUUAAACACUCCCUACAUCGUGGUCCCGAUAAUUGCUCUGUUCAGAUUUUUUGCAGAAGAAAAAAAAAACCCGUCAGUACAGUGGAGUCCGAAUUUUUCACUUUCACUCAGACCACGUGAGACAAAGAUUGUCACCUCGGUUCUCUUCUUUUUUACUGUUUUGUCAAUGUGGAGUAUAGUGUCAUUGGCAUAUGGAUCUCUGGGAAGCGACUUUUGGUUGUUCACUUGGAUAUCGAAAGCAACACCGUCCAUAAACUUUCGAGAUCCCGAGCCAUUUUCGCAAAUCCAAGUUUUAAUUUAUCUAUUCUACGUUUGUCCAAUGCACAUUAUUUUUUUAGCAAACUGUUUCAAGCCACAGAAACCUCAAUUCUUAUGGAAUCUUUUAAUAGUUCAGGCUGGAAUUGCGUUGCAGGGACAAUUUACCAUGAUUGGAAUCUCUCUGUAUGAAGUAACCACUCCCGCGGAAUACCUGUCUAGCCCUGGCAGCUUUGCCUUUUGGUUCUCGCAUCUCCUCAUUCUUAUCGUUCCUCAUGCCCAGCUUUACUUCUUAUAUAAAGGCCAUGUUGACAAAGGGGGUGAAAAUAUGUCCAUUUUACAAGAGGACGAAGAAAGACCAAGCAACAGACAAGAAUCGUCGGCUUAAACUCUUUCUGGAUACGUUCCAUUAGAAAGUAUGUGUAACAAUGCUAAUGUUGAUAAUAAAACGAAUUUGCAUUUCUUGGAA